AUGAAAAAAAUCACUUUCAUCUUUUUAUUUCUUUUCAUCGCCGGAUCAUUAUUCAGCCAAUCGCCGAAAAAAGGUAAAUAUGGUGAUGGACCGGAUGAUAUACCAGCGGUGGGUAUUAUUAAAGGGAUGAGUGAUGAGCAACUCCUGGAAACCGUGCAACGCCAGACAUUCAGGUUCUUUUGGCACGGUGCGCAUCCUGUUAGUGGUCUGGCGCUUGAACGCAGCAAUACCGUACUUGCCGAAUAUUAUUGGGACUAUAUCAACGAAGCAUGGGAUGAGCCAAAUUUUAGUCGUACAAAAUUUGGUCCCGACGCUGGUGCUAUCGGUGGUACCGGAUUUGGAAUUAUGAGUACGGUCGUUGCAGUUGAUCGCGGUUGGAUCGGGCGGGAUACUGCCGUUCGCCGACUCAUCAAAAUCGCCGACUUCCUGUUAAAUGGUGAUUGCUUUCACGGAAUUUAUCCGCACUUCAUGAAUGGGCGUACAGGUAAAACAAUACCAUUUGAUCGUUUAGAUGAUGGCGCUGAUAUUGUCGAAACAUCUUAUCUCAUCAUGGGCUUUCUCUGUGCACGUGAGUAUUUUUCAAAAGAUAGUCCAAGGGAAAAAUACCUGCGCAAGCGCAUCGACCAAAUUUGGGGAGCUGCCAAUUGGAACUGGCAUAGUAACGGGCAAAACAAAUUAUUCUGGCACUGGAGCCCUAACAAUGGCUUUGAUAUGAAUUUUCCUGUAUGGGGAUGGAAUGAAUGCCUGAUCACUUAUAUCAUGGCUGCUUCAUCUCCUAAUCAUUCAAUUUCAAAAGACGUGUAUGAUGGCACUUGGGCAGGAAGUCUUGGCUUCAAAAAUGGUAAAGAAUACUAUGGCUAUCGGCUGCCUCUGGGUAAUUAUGAUAAGGACAAAGGCGGACCGUUGUUUUUUGAACAGUAUACUUUCCAGGGAAUCGAUCCGAAUGGUUUAAAGGAUUCUCUUGGCAACGAUUAUUUUGAACAAGGGAGAAAUCAUACACUGAUCAACCGAGCUUAUUGCAUCGAAAACCCUAACAAGUUUAAAGGAUACAGCGAAAAAUGCUGGGGUCUUACCGCCGGGGAUAGUUAUAAAGGCUAUCUCGCACACAGCCCCGAAAAUGACAGGGGUGUUAUUCAACCCACCGCUGCCAUCUCUUCCCUUCCGUAUACACCCAGGGAAAGCAUGGAAGCAUUGCGGUAUUUCUAUUAUGAACUCGGUAAUAAGAUAUGGAGUCCGUAUGGUUUUGUCGAUGGAUUCAGCAUUCACCACAACUGGUAUGCAAAAUCUCACCUGGCAAUUGACCAGGGCCCUAUUGUAACCAUGAUCGAAAAUUAUCGAACUGGAUUGCUUUGGAAACUAUUUAUGAAAAUACCCGACAUUCAAAACGGGCUUAAGAAACUAGGCUUUCAAAGUCCGUACAUAAAAUAA